GUAGAAGAUACAUUUUGGAGAAAACUUUAUCCGUUUUUGUAUAUUCACAUUCCUUGUUCUUUACCAUUUUCUACGUACUUUUGUCGAGGUUAUGGAUCAAAAAAGAUUGAAAAUUUUGUUUUGUCUUCUUUGGAUGCCUGGUAUAAUUUAUCAAAACUAAAUUAUCAACCAUCUGUUCCAUUAUGUUUACUAGAUGGUAACUUUCCUUGUAUUUCUUAUAUUGACGGUGAAGCAGUUUUAGGUGGCGGUUGCUUUAGAUUAAAUGGUAACAAUGAAAAUACUUCUUAUCAUAGGAUAUUUGUUUGUCAUUUUGAAAUUAAAUCAACAUUAUACUUUGAAAUCACUGUUAAAGCAUUAAAGCCUUACGACUCCCACAAAAUAUUUUUGAGUGCAUUAGAUCCAUAUGGAAUGCCAUAUAAAAUGGAGUUUGGUAUUCAGGGGGAUAAUAAUAUGUUUUUCAAUAAUUGUGAUGACUAUAGCUGUAUUAUUCCUGAUUCCAAAAUAUAUAAUUUGACAUUAGAAAAUGGAUGGUUACUACAUAAAUUAAAAUGUGAAAUGGUUGGGAUAAUAGUAGAAGUUGCUAUUGAAACUGAAGAACCCUUACUGAUUGGUCAUCUAUUUAUCAAUGAUGGCAGUAACUUAUAAUAACAUUGAUUUAUAUUGUUGAAAAAUUUUCUAUAUUCAUUUUUUUUUGUUUG